AUGGAGGGCAGGGAGAAGCAGGGGCGGUCCAGAAGCAGAAGGACCCUUCCCCAUCUGCACCAGGUCCUCGAACGGAAACAGCCAGGAGGGGAGACCAUCGAGCUGACCGAGGAGGGCCAGCCUGUCGCGGUGGCCGAAAAGCACCAGCCGAUCGUGGACUGCACCUGCUUUGGCCUCCCUCGCCGCUACAUCAUCGCCAUCCUCUGUGGCCUCGGCUUCUGCAUCAGCUUUGGCAUCCGGUGCAACCUGGGGGUGGCCAUUGUCAGCAUGGUCAACAACAACACCGUCUAUGAAGGGGACAAAGUCAUCGUGAAGAAAGCUGAGUUUAACUGGGAUCCAGAGACGGUGGGCAUGAUUCACGGGUCCUUCUUCUGGGGUUACAUUGUCACCCAGAUUCCAGGGGGGUUCAUUGCACAGAAAUUUGCUGCUAACAGGGUUUUUGGCUUUGCUAUUGUGGCAACAUCUACUCUAAACAUGCUGAUUCCAGCAGCAGCUCGGGUCCACUUUGGCUGUGUGAUCUUUGUGCGGAUCCUGCAAGGCCUUGUGGAGGGGGUCACCUACCCAGCGUGCCAUGGUAUCUGGAGCAAAUGGGCACCUCCCUUGGAACGCAGCCGCCUGGCGACAACAGCCUUCUGCGGCUCCUAUGCCGGGGCUGUGGUGGCCAUGCCUCUCGCUGGCAUUCUAGUGCAGUACUCUGGGUGGAGCUCCAUAUUUUACGUCUAUGGCAGCUUUGGUAUCUUCUGGUACUUAUUCUGGCUCAUGGUUUCCUAUGAGAGUCCUGCACAGCACCCGACCAUCACAGAGGAGGAGAGGAAAUACAUAGAAGAAAGCAUUGGGGAGAGUGCCAGUCUUAUGAAUCCUCUUAUGAAAUUUAAAACACCGUGGCGCAAAUUCUUCACAUCCAUGCCUGUCUAUGCCAUUAUUGUGGCCAACUUUUGCCGGAGCUGGACCUUCUAUUUGCUCUUAAUUAGUCAACCAGCCUAUUUUGAAGAAGUCUUUGGCUUUGAAAUUAGUAAGGUGGGUAUGCUUUCAGCUUUGCCCCACCUGGUCAUGACAAUCAUCGUACCGAUCGGGGGCCAAAUCGCCGACUUUCUGCGGACGCGGAGGAUCAUGUCUACCACCAAUGUCCGCAAGAUGAUGAACUGUGGGGGGUUUGGCAUGGAAGCCACACUACUUCUAGUGGUUGGCUACUCCCACAGUAAAGGCGUUGCAAUCUCGUUCCUUGUCCUGGCCGUGGGUUUCAGCGGCUUUGCUAUUUCAGGAUUUAAUGUGAACCACUUAGACAUUGCCCCCCGAUAUGCCAGUAUCCUUAUGGGCAUCUCCAACGGUGUGGGAACCUUGUCGGGGAUGGUGUGUCCACUCAUUGUUGGAGCCAUGACCAAACACAAGACCCGGGAGGAGUGGCAGUACGUCUUCCUCAUUGCCUCGCUGGUGCAUUACGGAGGCGUCAUCUUCUACGGGGUUUUUGCCUCUGGCGAGAAACAGCCGUGGGCUGAGCCCGAAGAACUCCACGAAGAGAAGUGCGGCUUCAUCAACGAGGACGAACUGGCCGACGAGGAGGAUGAGGCCGCCCGGAUGGCGGUGGGAGGGGGCGGCGGUGGCGGGGGCUACGGUGCCACCAAAAGCACCAGUUUUGCCAAUGGAGGCUGGUCCGCCGACUGGGACAAGAAGGAGGAAUAUAUACAGGAGCCCGGCAAGGAUUCCUACAUGUACGGCACACCGGGAGAGCGGGACUUGUCGUAG